CACCGCAUCCAUCACCACACCAACCAGCGCCACCGCAACCACCAGCGGCCACGACCAUGGACCGGCGUGGGAUGCCCCCAAACUCGUCCUACUCCGCCGCCUCCCGCGUCCCCCCCUCGCCGCUCAACAUCACGGCGGGCGCCCCAACGUGCGCGGAGCCUUGGGACUUCCGAACGGUCGCCUACCCGGCGGUCUACGGCGCCGUGUUCCUGGUGGGGCUGGCGGGCAACGCGGCCGCCCUCUGGGUGUUCGCCUUCCGCACGCGCGCGCGGAGCGCCACCACCGUCUACAUGGCCAACCUGGCCGCGUCCGACCUGCUCCUGGUGCUGGCGCUGCCGUUCCACGGCGCGUACCACGCGCUGGGCGGGAACUGGGUGUUCGGCGAGGCGGCGUGCCGAGUCGCGGGCGUCCUCUUCUUCGGCAGCAUGUACGUGUCGGUCACGUCGCUCGCCCUCGUCGGCGUGGAGCGCUACCACGCCGUGCUGCACCCGACGCGGCGGCGCGGCUCCGCGCGGCGGCCGCGGAACGCGCGGGUCGUCUGCACGCUGCUCUGGCUCGUGCACGCAUGCGGCGCGGCGCGCGUGCUCGCCAUGGAGCACACGGCGCGCGUUCCCCCGAGGCCGUCGCUCCACCCCCCUCUGCGCCACGACUCCGCGUUGCAGCAGCAGCAGCAGCAGCAGCUGCAGGAUCGGCGGGGCUGGCGCACCGCGUGCUUCGAGAGCCACUCGCGCGAGGUGGUGUACGCCAGCCUGCUCGGAUACGCCGUCUCCUUUCUGGCUCCGCUCGCCGUGCUCCUCUAUUGCUACGCGCGCAUCGCGCUCCGCCUCCGCGGCGGAGGUCCGGGGCGGCCGAGCGAGCUCGCGACGCUCGGCGGCAGCGGCGGCACGAGCCCGGCGCGAACGCACACGCGCGAGCGCUCGCUGCGAUCCGUGCGCCUCACCAUGGCCGUGUUCGUGCUCUGCUACGUCCCCUUCCACGCCACCCACGUGCUGGAGCUGCUCGUGCGCUACGCGGGGGACCCGUCGCAGGAUGGGCACUGCCGUCUGCUGACGGUGGCGACCGUCGCGCACCGCGUGGCUCUGGCGCUCAGCGUCACCAACGCCGCCCUGGACCCCGUGGUUUAUUACUGCACCGCCAGCUCCUUCCGCAGGGAGCUCCGCCAGAUGUUCACACGAUGCUGCGCGCCGCGGCGCAGGGCUUAG